AUGAAUUUAAAUAAAAAUAAUAACAGUGUUGAAGAUAGUGUUAGUAGUGAUUUAAUUGAUUUAGAAUGUACAUUCGAAUCAAUGGGUUUGGAUAAUAGAAUCCUUAGAGCAUUAAAAAAGAUGGGAUUCCAAAAUCCAAGUCUUGUACAAUCAAAAUCAAUUCCACUCUCAUUACAAGGUAAAGAUAUUUUAGCAAAAGCUAGAACUGGUUCUGGUAAAACUGCUGCAUAUUCAAUCCCAAUUAUUCAAAAAGUUUUAAUGGCAAAAGAAAAAUCAAAUAUUAAAGGUGUUAAAGCAGUUGUAUUAGUACCAACUAGAGAAUUAUGUGAACAAGUUAAGAAUCAUUUUAAUCAAGUUUCAUAUUAUUGUCAACAAUUAGUAUCAGUAGUACAAUUAGGUAAUGAUAAGACAUUGGAUGAACAAAAAGGUUUACUUCGUGAUAUUCCAGAUGUUAUAGUUAGUACACCAACAAGAUUAGUACAACAUUUAGAGAAUAAAACCAUUCAAUUACAAUCAACAUUAGAUAUAUUAGUAAUUGAUGAAGCUGAUUUAGUUUUAAAUUAUGGUCAUCAAAAUGAUAUUAACAUAAUUAAAUCAUUUUUACCAAAAGUUUGUCAAUGCUUUUUAAUGUCUGCAACAUUAACUAAAGAAGUUGAAGAAUUAAAAAAAUUAGUAUUACAUACUCCAGCCGUUUUAAAAUUAGAAGAAGAUAAAGCAAUUCAAACUAAUUUAUCAGAAUAUUCAAUUAAAUGUGCAGAAGUUGAUAAAUUCUUAUUAGUAUUUUCAUUAUUAAGAUUAAGAUUAAUGCAAGGAAAAAUUUUAUUCUUUGUAAAUGAUACAAAUAAUUGUUAUAAAUUGAAAUUAUUCUUUGAAAGAUUUCAUAUUAAAUGUGCAGUUUUAAAUUCAGAAUUACCAAUUAACUCUAGACAUGAUAUCAUUUUACAAUUUAAUAAAGGUUUAUUCGAUUAUUUAAUUGCAACUGAUGAAUCUUUUAAAUCUGAUUCAAAUAAAAAAGAAGAACAAGAAUUAGAAGAUAAUGAAAAUGAGGAUGAUGAUGAUGAUGAUGAUGAAAUGACUGAUGUUAAAAAAGAAGAUGAUGAAGAAAAUGAAGAUGAAGAAGAAAAUGAUGAAGAAAAUGAAGAAGAUGAAGAAAAUGAAGAAGAUGAAGAAGAUGAAGAAAAUGAAGAAGAUGAUGAUGAAGAAGAAAAUGAAGAAGAUGAUGAUAAAAAAAAUAAAAAUAAAAAAAUAAAUAAUUCAAAAGGUGAUAAAGAAUAUGGUGUAGCAAGAGGUAUUGAUUUUAGAAAUGUUGAUAUUGUUGUAAAUUUCGAUUUUCCAAGAACAAUUAAAAAUUAUAUUCAUCGUAUUGGUAGAACCGCUAGAGGUACAAAUAAGGGUAUUGCAUUAUCAUUUGUAACUUAUCAUAAUGAAGAACUCUUAAAAAAAGUAUCAAAGACUAGAGGCGAUGCAGGAUACAAUCUUAAACCAUUCGAAUUUAAAAUGAAUGCAAUUGAAGGUUUCAGAUAUAGAGUUGAAGAUGUACUUAGAACUAUUGGUAUUCGUGCAAUUAAAGAAGCCAAGAAAACUGAAUUAAAACAAGAACUUUUAAAUAACGAGAAAUUAAAAUCUCACUUUUCAGAGAAUCCACAAGAUCUUUUAGCUUUAAAACAUGAUACUACCUUAAUUAAAAAACAAGUCCCACUUCAUUUACGUGUUGUUCCAGAGUACCUCUUACCAACACAAUUCAAAAAUCAUGCCGAUCAAAAAUUGGAAAUCAUUCCAUCAAGACCACAAUCUGGUCAUCAUGGUACAACCGGUAGAAGUUUAGGUGUUAAUAAAAAACUUGAGCAAAAGAAAAGAAAGAAAGAUAUCUUAAAAACUUUAUCAAUUAAAAAGAAUACAACUCUCACUGGUGAAGAAUUGGCUCAAGCUCGUUCUAAAUCACUCAUUAAAAGAUUAAAAAUUAAAGAAGGUAAUAUCUCUGCUGAUGGUUCUUAUAAAACUGUUAAAGUUCAAAAGAAAGGUGCAAAUAAUAAUAGAAGAAAACUUAUUGUUGAUUAA